CUUCACUCGCGACACGUCAUAUUUCGUGCUAAAGAUAUGGCGAGGCCGUCGACCGUUGUUUACGCGCUGUUAUUGUGCACUUUAUUGACUGAAAAAGUGCUAUCCAACAAACCAAGAAACGUACUUCUACUGCUAGCGGAUGACGGUGGGUUCGAAAUCGGUGCUUACCUAAACAAAAUAUGUCAAACACCGAAUAUAGACGCAUUGGCGCGACGCAGUGUCAUAUUCAACAACGCUUUCACGUCGGUCAGCAGUUGCUCACCUAGCCGCGCGGCCCUGCUGACCGGCACACCGAGCCAUCAGAAUGGCAUGUACGGUCUGCACCACGGUGUGCACCAUUUCAACUCGUUCGACAACGUCACCAGCCUACCCAACCUGCUGCGUCAACAUGGAAUUAAGACUGGUAUCAUAGGUAAGAAGCACGUGGGCCCGGCGAGCGUGUACCGGUUCGACUACGAGCAGACGGAGGAGAACAACCACAUCAACCAGGUGGGCCGCAACAUCACGCACAUCAAGCUGCUCGCCAGGGAGUUCCUCGCGCAGGCCAACCGGGACAACAAACCGUUCUUCCUAUACGUGGGCUUCCACGACCCGCACCGGUGCGGCAACACCGAGCCGCAGUACGGGCCCUUCUGCGAGCGGUUCGGCUCCGGUGAGGAAGGGAUGGGGCUCAUCCCGGACUGGAAGCCGUGGUACUACCAGUGGGACGAAGUGCAGUUACCAUUCCACAUACAGGAUACUGAAGCAGCCAGAAGGGACGUGGCGGCACAGUAUACGACGAUGUCGCGACUCGAUCAAGGCGUAGCGCUGGUGAUCAAAGAGCUGGAAGCGGCCGGCCACCUGCAAGACACGCUGAUCAUCUUCACAUCGGACAACGGCAUACCGUUCCCGUCGGGCCGCACCAACCUGUACGACCCGGGGCUGCGGGAGCCGCUGCUCAUCUCGUCGCCGGAGCCGGCCGCGCGCCGGAACGAAGCCUCCAGCGCCCUGGUCAGCCUGCUCGACAUCAUGCCCACGGUGCUCGACUGGUUCCGCAUACAGCAGCAGCAGGAAGACACCAACGACAUACUGUGGCACUCCGAUAAACCGAAGAGUUUAUUGCCUAUUCUGGAGAAAGAACCGCCUCCGAACGAGCGCGAGGCGGUGUUCGCGUCGCAGACGCACCACGAGGUGACGAUGUACUACCCGAUGCGCGCCGUGCGCACGCGCCGCUACAAGCUCAUACACAAUCUGCACUUCGCCAUGCCUUUCCCCAUCGACCAGGACCUCUACGUCUCGCCCACCUUCCAGGACCUGCUGAACCGCACGCGCAGCAAGCAGCCGCUGCCGUGGUACAAGACGCUGAAGCAGUACUACUACCGGCCGCAGUGGGAGCUGUACGACGUGCGCGCCGACCCCACCGAGACCAACAACUUGUACGGCAAGCCGUCGCUGGCGGACACGUGGGCGGAGCUGAGCGAGCGGCUGGCGGCGUGGCAGCGCGCUAGCCGCGACCCCUGGCUGUGCGCGCCCGCCGCGCUGCUGCGCCGCGGACAGUGUCGCGCGCUCGACAACGGACUCGGCGCCGUGCUCGACAGCGGACUUGGCGCCGCGCUCGACAACGGAUUCGGCGCCGCGCUCGACGACGGACUCGGCGCCGCGAUCGACAACGGACUCGGCGCCGCCCUGCACUAGGCACCUAUACCCACCACCGCGCUGCCCGCUGGCGUGUACGUUGUUUCCAAUUACACUAUUUUAGCUCUCGACUUGCCACUAUGUUAGGAUUCCUUGAGAUGAUUAAGACUGCCUUUCUACUACUAAACGGGCCCAGCUACAUAUCUCAAUGUUAAAGCUGAAUGAAACCUUUUAAUACUCAUAUUCACUAUCUUGUUGAGUUGUACAAUAGUUUUUAAGUUAUAUUACAUAUGAAUAUGGCGGGUGUUGAGUAACUAUUUGGCCUAUAACUCGAGCAGUUAUUUAAUUUAUUACAUUCCUUUUAUAAAAUAGAAACUAAUAGGUAUAUUGCAAAACUCCUGCUUUUUAAAUAAAAAAAAAUGUACAGUUAAAUUAAAAAGAACAAAGUAUUUAACAUGACAUUUAUUGAUAAAAUUACACAAUCACAAUAAAUAUGCUGUGAUAAUAAACACAUUUCAAAUAUUAAUAGAUAUAAAAUUAUUAAUAGAUUUAAAAUUUUGUUAUAAAAUGAAUCUCGUUGAUAGUUUAAUAAUCAUGGCAUCUUAGAUUAAUCUAUAUAUAUAUUGCAUGUUUACUUAUUCAUAUAAAUAAAAUAUUGUUAACAAAUUGUGGACUUCAUUAUACCGAGUUAGUACCCAAUAAAUGUUACGUAUGAAA